AUCCUACGUUCCUGCAAUAGUUUGUCAAAAACAUCCUUUGCUAUUCAUACUGUUUUUAUGGAAUUGUGUAUUGUUUCUGUUUCAAGCUGUCACCCGCACGAUGACAAAAAUGGCAUGAGGUUGUUUGGGAAACCUUUUGCGAAAACAACGAAGGGUUACACUAGUUUCGAAGAACUGGAAGCCAAUGUUUUCCGACCUAACAAUUUCAAGAUUGUUGAGCCAUCUCAUUUGGUUCCGAAGCUAGGUUUCAUCAGACGCAUUGCGGUCGGGAACAAUCAAUCCAAAACGCCACCAAAAACGCUGCCAUUCGAGUACAGGAGCGAAUUCUUAAUGAAUGGCUACAAACCGGUAUAUCACGCGUUGCAAAACUAUCCCAUAACGGGAGAAAGUGGAUUCAUCCUUGGAUCAGAGACGCCGUGGAUUGAAGUGUACGCGUUAGCUAUAAAAAACUACCAUGCUUUUACUGAUGUGGUAAUCUUAAGGCAUCAAAACGGCUUCGAUUUUGCGAUAUCGUUUUCGUCUAUUGAACACAGUGGGCUUGGACGUUAUGGCGAUCCAAUAGAUCCGAUUGGAGAUCUACGUGAGGUCUGGAAGACAUCAUGUCUACUGAAACCUGGAGGGAUAUUCUUCCUUGGUUUACCACGCGGCGUAGAUACUUUGGUAUUCAACUUGCACCGAAUCUAUGGAGCGAUACGACUCUCAAUGAUCAUGACGGGUACAGUGAAGAAUUUUGCAAAGAAAAAUGUUGCAGAAAUGUCAAUUAAAACACAAGGGCUAUUUAAAGAAGAGAAAACUAUUCUAACCGCCAGUUUUGCUUCGACAUGCUCGCAUUGUUUUGCAGGCUUAUUCGGUAAACACUCAACUCUCUUAGUGGAAAGCCCAUGA